AUUUUACAGGCGUGGCUCCCUUUCAAGGGGCCGACCUGCCCAGGUGUAAGGACCCUCCGCAGAACUCCCGUUCCUGUGAGUGUCUGGUUAGGAUGGGAGCUUCUGGAGGCUGGCAGGGAGGCCGCAGCCACUUUGCGGCACAUGCACACUGUUGCUGAUCUGUUGAAUUACGCUGCUGGUAUAAAGGAGCCCCAGGGGCCAGGUGUGUGUUGCAGCGCCGUGAAGAAAGGCCCCAGUGGCUGCUGGAAGCCCUGUCACCAAGGUCAGAGGCAGCAAGACCCGGACUGA